GGCUAUAAACCAACCAUAUUCUACCCUAAGAGACCUAACAAGCCACUGUUUGUAAACCUUGUGAACCAAUGUGAGAAAUUUGACAUCCCGUUUCUCUCCUACAUCCCUGCAGAGACGAGCCUUCUUAAAGAUCACUACAAUUUCAUCAUCGAUGCCUUGUUUGGCUUCAGCUUCAAGGGUCCAGUAAGACCAGAGUUUGCAGAGAUUCUAGAAAGACUUCAGCAACUGGAGACACCUAUAUGUAGCAUUGAUGUACCAUCAGGUUGGGAUGUUGAGGACGGUGAUCCAGCAGGAUUGAAACCAGAGUUUCUCAUUUCUUUAACGGCGCCGAAAAAAUGUGCAAAAUUAUUUACAGGCAAGUAUCAUUACCUGGGUGGAAGAUUUGUGCCUCCUGCACUCGCUCAGAAAUAUAACCUGAUGCUGCCUAAGUAUCCUGGCACAGACUGCGUCAUUGAGUUGCACACACAGGGACUAGCGCCAUCUAACCAUGAUUUAGGUCUAGCAGAGUCUGCAGCGUUGUCAUCAGAAAUUGAAAACGGCGAAAAAAGUUUAAGUGAGAAAUGACUAGAAUGUGGAUCGAGAUUGUAAAAUGAUUUUUGAACUGUAAAUAUUAGCUGAGCUAAUACUUCCUUGUAGAUCUCAUUAAAGAAUUUAGAAUUUAUUAAGGCACAGCCAUUGUGUUAUCAGGGCAUGGCCAAACUAUAAUUAUACAAACUACAUUUAUACAGUCACAUUAAUCUACAAAGAUAUUGUGUUGUGAUGGUUGCGAUGUUAUAGAUUUCUUUCUUAAAGCACAUUUCAAUGAAAUGAUUUGUAUGACAUAAUGUAUAGGAACUUGUUUUCCUCAGUCAUGUUAGAAAAUAUACAGUAAAACCUGAGUUAGUGUACACAUCUCUCUAGUGAACACCUAUUAACAGUGAACGUUUUUAUUCGGCAAAACCUUUUUCUCCCAUUGACUCCCAUGUUAAAGUGCAAUCCUAUAGUGAACACCUACCAACUAUGAACAGUGAACACUAAACCCUGGCAAAAUCAAUUGAAUUAUCCUGUCUCUAGUGAACAUUGAAUCAGAUAUAAGAUUUCUCGCCGAUUUUCUGCAACUGCCUUAUCAGAGUUAAGCAGUUUAUGUUUAUAUUACCUGCCAAAAAUAAUUAAAAGGUCAAUUUGAGAUCUUGAUCUCUUCUAUUGAAACAGGUGUGACUAAUUAUAAUUCUUAAUAAGCUUUGUUUUUGUUACAAAGGAUAUGCGUCUGGGAUUGAUUGCUUGGAGAUAAUCUGGUUAACUAUUAUUACCUCUAUCUGCUAAGUCCCAACUUGAUCUUUUUUCUCAUCCCGUCAAUUUAAUAAAACGAUUGGAUCAAAAUUAUAAUUCAUAAUCAUUUCACUAUUAACUGCAUCUAUCAUGUCCAUUAACUAAUUCAAUAAAGUCCUUUAACUGACUCAAAUGUCUCAAAAAUUCCACUUUUUAAAGGACCAUCAUGGGUAGAAAAUACAAUUUAAAUUUAUUAU